GGACAUCCUCACUUGUUCUGCUGGCAGGUGUCUGAUGUGUUUCACUAUGAAUGUUUCCUUGACGUUGCUGACUGGCCUCCAACUGCUCCUGAUCUUCAGUGUGGGAGCAAAGAAACAAGAGCCAGUGGUUUCACCUGAAGACCACGGCGCACGGCUCAGAGGCCUCUGGAAGCUCUACAUGAGGGACACCCUGCCAAAAGGAAAAGGUUCCAGUCCUCCAAUCAAAGAGGGGGUCAAACAGCAGCUGCUCUACUGCCGUGUUGGGAUCGGCUACCAUCUCCAGAUUCUGCCCAGCGGAUCUGUAGGAGGCAUCCACAAACCCACUGAGCAUUGCUGGAUGAAGGUAUUUGCUAUGAAACAUGGAGUCGUGGGAAUCAAAGGAGUCAAGAGUGGCUUGUACCUCUGUAUGAGUGAGGGAGGACUGGCAUAUGGAGCGGAGCAGUUUUCUGACGACUGUCUGCUGAAGGAGAACCUGGAGGAGAACCACUACACCACCUACUCCUCUCUGUCUCACCCAGGCAUCUAUCUGGCUCUUUCCCACAAGGGAGAGCUCAGGAGGGGCAACAAUGUGGGCCGCCAUCAGUCCUGUACCCACUUUCUACCUCGGAGGACACCUUGAUCCUCUACACAGCAACCGGGUCUGGACUACAGCAUGGACAAACUCAAACUAGUUCCACAUUCAAGGGACACAGUUGGUGGGACUCUUGAAAGCAUUACGUACUGAAGGUACAAAGCCUGAACUGAGCUCAAAUGCUAUGUCACACUCAUCUACUCAUCUUGAAUCUACUUGCUCAAAAGCCUCAAAAGUCUGAGGAUCCUUCAGCAAACAACGGCUGGCUGCUUGAGGUGCAAUGCAGAGACAUGUUGCAGAUGUUGGUACAGACGGACUGAACUACUAACCACUUCACAAAGAGACAAUAACAAUUCAUAUGUGCACGGAGCACUUAACAGGAGCUGGCUGAUGGGACAAAAAGGUUGUUCAAACGACAAUAAACAGCAUCAUUCUUCUGUUGUUUGUUAUGAAAAUUGCACAUGCAUGGUAAAUGACUGAGAAUAGAUGUACCAUUUUUGUUUAUAUUUACCUUAUUUUUGAUAUUUAU